AUGACCGAUGAAUUUAAUCGAUAUUAUAUUAAAAUUCGGACAAUUCUGGAAAUAGAUGCAAAGACAAUUUGCGAAGAACUUACAACAGCAUUGGGACCUGAUGCUCCAGCAUAUUCAACUGUUGCAAAAUGGGCGAAACAUUUUCGUGAAGGGAGAGAGGAUGUCAAUGAUGACUUUCGAUCUGAUCGUCCGAUUUCGGUACUUAGAGAUGAAAAUAUCGAACAAGUUCGACAAGUUGUCGAAGAUGAUUCGCAUUCAACCUACGAUGAUAUCAUAGCCGAGACUUCCCUCUCUCAUGGUACAAUCAUUCAUGACUGUUUAAAGAUGAGAAAAAUUCAAGGGGGAAACUGCGGACUUUAUAGACUUUAA